UUUUUUUUCUCAUUUUCCUAACACCAAACUGACAAAGAGAAACCCACACACGCACACAAAAAAAAAACCACUCUCUCUCUAACUUUAUCUCUAUUUCCCUGAAGUUUCAUCUUUGAAUUAACCGGAACCCUAGCUCGAUCCACCGGAAAAUUGAAAGAUUCCGUAGUAUAGAUGACCGUACGAUUGCGGAAGAAGAGUUGAACGGAUCGACGGACGGCCAGGAUUUCGUAACCGGAUGGAGGGAGGUAGCAUCUCUAGACUUACUUAUUCUGGGAUUCACCCAUGGAGUAUGAUGACAAUGAUUUUCAAAGCCAGAAUCUUCAUUUAGCUGGUGAAGGGAGCAACAAAUUUUCUCCUGUUCUACGGCCAUAUGCUCUUCCCAAGUUUGAUUUUGAUGACAGUCUUCAUGGGUCUUUAAGGUUUGAUAGUUUAGUUGAAACUGAAGUUUUUCUUGGAAUUGAAAGUAACGAAGAUAGCCAGUGGAUUGAAGAUUACUCCCGAGGUAGCAGUGGGAUACAAUUCAGUUCAAGUGCAGCAGAGUCUUGUGCAAUUUCGAGGCGAAACAAUGUCUGGUCUGAGGCUACUUCCUCGGAAUCUGUUGAAAUGUUAUUAAAAUCUGUUGGUCAGGAAGAACUUAUUCCUGCACAAACUAAUACCAAGGAGUCAAAUGCCUGUGAUGAACUGGGUUGUAUAAUAAAGCCAAUGGAGCCCAGCUUGAAACAGGAAAGUAAUACACCAGCUAGAGUGGGAGAUGUUGCAAAUUUACAGUCGACAUUACUGCCAGGAGAGUUUCCAGAAAACUUUUCCAUGUUAGAUGAGAGUGGUGGUGAGCAGCAGGCUCAGCUUGAGGAUAGUUUGCUGACUCAUAAAGGUGAUGUAUCUGUUGAUCAAAGUUUAAGUGACCUUAGUGCUGUUAAUGUAGAGGUCAGAUUGCCCAUUUCAGGACUCAUUGAUGGUAAAUCUGAUGAUGUUAAUCAAAGGGAAGUUAAUAUUACUAAUAGUGAAUCUUUAGAUACCAGGAUGCAAGAAGGUUCUGGUUCAGGGGCUCAAGUUGAUAGUGCAGUUACUACUGCACAAAGCAUCACUACAGGCAAUGAUGUUUUGAAUAAUGAAGAUGCUUCAAAUCAUGUAAAUAAGAAUGCUGAUGAAAAUUUAGAUGUUCCAGAAAUAGAUAAUGGUGAAUCUCAGGAACAAGGGGGUGUAUCAGGCCAAGAGGGUCAAAGGCAUCCCCAGUUUUUGCAUGCAGAAAUGGUUGAAAGCGGUGGUUCUCAUAUAGAUGAUCUUCUUUGUAUGGCCUCUGUGGAAUCUAUGGAAGAAUCCAGUACAAUUGAAACUAACUUGAGUAGCAUGGAGGAACCUUCUAUAAUACCAAAAGGGGAUUCUAGCUUAGAGGUGCAUGAUCAGUCUGAAGUGGUUGCACGUGAGGUGUCAGUGGUGGUUGUUGAAGGCAAUUCUACUGUUGAAAGACAUGAAAUUGAGUACUCUAAUUUGGACAACAAGGACAUUGUGAGUCAGUUUGGGGCGUCUCUGUUGUCCACAGAUGACAAUAAAGCUUCUCAGGAUAAAGUUGAUGGAAGCUGCAGUAGCUAUGGAGCUAUUGGUUCUUGUUUGCCCAAGGUUUCUUCGAUUGAAUUUGUUAGUGAUAUACAUGCUGAGCGCCUUACCUCAUCAUCCAAUUCAUUUGGAUCCGCACAAACUUGUGAAAAGAAUGUGGUUGCUAGACAGGGUGACAUUGAUAAAGUUGUUCCUGUUGAGGGCACAGAGUUGCCUUCUGAUGGCAGUAACAUGAACGUAAUUGUUGAUAAAGGGGUGGAGACCUCGUCUUAUGGUGAAGAUAGCACUGGAAAGGAGUUUGUUUUGAAAUCGCAAUCGGAUUGUACUGCUAUUAAUGAAUCAGCAGAUGGCGUUCUAGUGCCUUCUGGAAACAGCAUCAACACAGACACAGUUGAACACAAAGAUGUUGAAGUAUUGCCUUUACCUGCAGCAGUUGCUUUUUCAGACAAAGAGGAAGAACUUGCUGCUCAGAUUUCUGCAGAAGCAAGUUUUGGUAAUUGCGAGACAGUUUCUCAAGUGACAACUGGUGUACAGUCUGUGUCGGCAGUUGACACUUGUAAUACUGAAAGCCAAAUUGAACCUCAAGGAGUAGCUUUAGAAGAAGAUCGCGACUGCACAAAAGAUGAAGAAGCUUUCCCUGCUCUUUGUGCUUCAGCGGCAAACAGGGGAGACAGCACUGAAGCAGUGAUAAAAGAAAAUGAUGAAAAGGAUCCAAUAAAUGUUUCAGUACGUACUAUUAACAUUGAGAUGCAUGGACCUGAGCCUUCAGCCAUGUUGGAGCUGUGCAAGGAUACUAGUGUAAUAGGUCAGGAGGAGCCAGCUGUCCCAAUAUCUGGAGGUUCAUGUUUUGAUCAGAUUGCUGUUCCAAGCACUGAUGGAGGCCAGGGGACCAAUACUGAUCUUGACAAGCGAGGUAGUGGCACCACUGCUGUCAUUAGAAAUACGGAACUUUCCCAUGAUGAAAGUGACAAGCAAAUGAAAAGAUCAUCAGAUCACAGCGUAUUGGUUUCAGAGGCCCCAGAUGGGGAUGCCAAUAAAAUGCAGUCUGCUUCUGAAGAUCGAAAUCAUAAUGAUGCCUCUAAAGAUGAAAGUAGCUUUACUUUUGAGGUUAUUCCACUGGCUGAUUUGCCUCGAAAAGAUGCUAAUAAUUGGCAGACCUUUUCAACUGUAGAAGUCAGCAAAGCGUCCUUGAAUGUGGAUGGAUCUACUUCAAAUUCUGGCUUAGGCCAUCUAGAUCCCAAGAUUUCUCAAGAUCCUUCUCAUGGAAGUCCAAAGAUUUCUGAUGUAGCUACUCCACGUAGUGGCUCUAAAGGUAAUUCUGAGCGUAAACCAAGGCGAGGUUCAGGUAAGGCAACAGCGAAAGAAUCUGUUAAAAAGGGGAAACCUAUCAAAGAAACAGCUUCCAUUAGAAUAGAAAGAGGGGAGAAAACUACGAAUGUUUCCAUGAGCCCUUCUGGUGUUUCUCAGCUUUUGCAAUCCAAUGACAUGCAGCGCUAUGGGCAUAUCGAUUCCAGUAGUGUAAAACAAUUUGUCCUUGCAACAUCAUCUUCUGGUCUGCCUGAUUUGAAUUCUUCAGUUUCCCAAGCUGCAAUGUUUCAGCAACCUUUCACAGAUUUGCAGCAAGUGCAAUUGCGAGCUCAGAUUUUUGUUUAUGGAGCUUUGAUCAGUCAAGGAACAGCACCAGAUGAAGCAUAUAUGAUAUCUGCAUUUGGGGGACUUGAUGGUGGUAGGAGCAUUUGGGAGAACGCAUGGCGCUCAUGUAUAGAAAGACUUCAUGGUCAAAAAUCUCAUCUCGUUGCCCCCGAGACUCCUGUGCAAUCUCGUUCAGUUGCUAGAGCUCCUGAGCAGUCAAUGAAACAAAGUGCAUCUCAUAGUAAAGUAGUCCCCUCCCCUGUUGCUCGAGGUGGCAAGGGUACUCCACCAAUCCUGAAUCCCAUUGUACCAUUUUCAUCACCACUUUGGAGUGUGCCUACUCCUUCUGCUGAUACUCUGCAAUCAAGCGGCAUACCAAGGGGUCCAAUCAUGGAUUAUCAGCGGGCGCUUUCUCCUCUGCCUCCUCAUCAACCUCCAGCUCCAGCUGUAAGGAAUUUUGUUGGGCAUAGCCCUUCUUGGUUCUCUCAGGCCCCUUUUGGUGGUCCUUGGGUUGCUUCUCCUCCGACUUCCGCACUUGACACUAGUGGUCGGUUCUCUGUGCAAUUGCCUAUCACGGAACCCAUUCAAUUGAUACCUCCAAAAGAAUCAUCUGUUUCCCAUUCUUCUGGUGCAAAGCCUACUAUUUCUGUGGCCCAGAGUACAGCUUCUGCUGGUGCUUUUCCUGUGCCUUUUCUGCCUGACGUGAAAAUGCUAACACCGUCAGCUGGUCAACCUUCUGCUGAUUCGAAGCCUAGAAAAAGGAAAAAGGCUUCAGCUAAUGAGAAUCCUGGGCAGCUUUCCUUGCCACCUCAACAUCAAAUGGAACCACCACCUACUUCUCCUGUUGCUAGUUCUGUGUCUGCUUCUGCUGCCGUCAUAACUCCUGUUGGCUUUGUUUCUAAAGCCCCUACUGAGAAAUUUAUUACAUCUGUAACUCCUACAUCUUCUACUGAUCUGAGGAAAGGGGACCAGAAUGCAGAAUCGGGGGCUGUUUUAUCAGGGGAGUCCCUUAGUAAGGUGAAGGAGGCUAGGGUGCAGGCAGAGGUUGCCACUGCUUAUGCUUCUUCCGCUGUUACUCAUAGCCAGGAAAUUUGGGAUCAGUUAGAUAAGCAGAGAAAUUCUGGGUUGUUACCUGAUGUUGAAGUCAAAUUAGCUUCUGCAGCUGUUUCAAUAGCAGCUGCAGCUGCUGUUGCAAAGGCGGCAGCUGCAGCGGCAAAGGUUGCUUCUGAUGCUGCCUUACAGGCAAAACUGAUGGCUGAAGAAGCAUUAGCUUCUGUUGGUCAGAGCAACCUUUGUCAAAGCAAUGUUAUUUCUUUUUCUGAAGGAAUGAAAAGUUUGAGUAAGGCUACUCCUGCUUCCAUCUUGAAGGGUGACGAUGGAACAAAUAGUUCGAGUUCUAUCCUUGUGGCUGCAAGGGAAGCCGCUAGGAGGAGAGUUGAAGCUGCUUCAGCUGCAUCAAAACGUGCAGAAAACAUGGAUGCCAUUGUAAAAGCUGCAGAGCUGGCUGCGGAAGCAGUAUCUCAAGCUGGGAAGAUAGUGGCUAUGGGCGAUCCUUUGCCAUUGAGUGAGCUAGUGGCUGCUGGUCCAGAGGGCUAUUGGAAAGUAGCACAAGGAGCUUCUGAGCUGGCUUCUAAAUUGAACAAUGUUUCUCGAGAAAUUAUGAAUGUAGACAAUGGUGCAGAUACUUUUGCCAGGCAGUUAAAAGAAGUUCCAUCAGUUAAGAAAGGAGAAAACCAGAUUACCAGCCAAGGGAAGUUGCCUAUUUCUAGAACGAUAUCCAGCGAGGACCAUGAUAGAUUGGUAGAUGGUGUUUCGGGUUCUAGUGCAGCUACUACAAAGGAUAAAGGGCAAAAGGGCCGCAAGGCUUCUGAUCUGACUAAAUCUAUUGAGGUGGUUCCUGAAUCUCAGAAUGGAUCCAGAUCUUCCAUUGUUCGGAGUGAGUUUGAAAAGGCAGGAGCUUCAAAAGAGAGUAGUAUUAAGGAGGAUUCCAAUGUCGAGGUUUUCAAAGAUGGAAAUGGAUUCAAAGCAGCCUGGUUCUCAGCCAAGGUGUUAAGUUUAAAGGAUGGGAAAGCCUAUGUGAAUUACACAGAGCUUACAUCGGGCCAAGGCUUGGAAAAGCUUAAGGAGUGGGUGCCACUUGAAGGUGAAGGAGAUGAGGCACCCAAGAUACGUAUUGCCCGCCCUAUAACCAUCAUGCCUUUUGAAGGAACGAGAAAGAGAAGAAGAGCUGCCAUGGGGGAACAUACUUGGUCGGUCGGUGAUAGAGUUGAUGCGUGGAUACAAGAUAGCUGGUGGGAGGGAGUUGUGACUGAAAAGAGCAAGAAAGAUGAAUCUGUGUCGGUCAGUUUUCCAGGUCAAGGAGAAGUAGUAGCAGUUAGUAAAUGGAACAUUCGGCCGUCUCUCAUCUGGAAAGAUGGGGAAUGGAUUGAAUGGUCCAAUUCAGGGCAGAAGAAUCGCUCUUCUCAUGAGGGUGAUACCCCACAAGAGAAGCGACCAAGGGUCCGAAGCUCUCUAGUGGAGGCCAAGGGAAAGGAUAAGGCUUCAAAAACUAUUGAUGCGACAGAAUCGGAUAAAUCUGAUGACCCAACAUUAUUGGCGUUAUCUGGUGAUGAAAAACUAUUUAAUGUUGGUAAGAGCAGUAAAGAUGGAAAUAGGACUGAUGCACUGAGAAUGACACGGACUGGAUUACAAAAGGAAGGAUCUAGAGUUAUCUUUGGUGUACCGAAGCCUGGAAAGAAGAGGAAAUUUAUGGAAGUUAGUAAGCAUUAUGUUGCAGAUCGAAGUAGUCAAAAUAACGAAGCAAAUGAUUCAGUCAAGUUCACAAAAUACCUGAUGCCUCAAGGAGCAGGGUCCCGGGGAUGGAAGAGUACUUCUAAGACAGAAUUAAAUGAAAAACGACCAGCCAUAUCGAAGCCGAAGGUUCUUAAAUCUGGAAAACCACAAAAUAUUUCUGGUAGAACCAUUCCACAGAGGGAAAACCUAACAAGCACUUCAGUUUCCAUUACUGAUGGUAGUGCUCUUACAGAUCAUGUUGCUAAGACCAAGGAUUCUGUAAGCCAUUCAGAAAAUGCUACAGAAAAGCAGAACUUGAUGGGCUUUCAAUCAUUUUCUACAUCUGGAGCAACUGAGGGUCCAAUCUUAUUUUCUGCACUUGCUCUUCCAUCAGAUAAUUUCUCUUCUAAGAAAAUGCCCUUGCCAAAUUCUAAACCUGAACGAGUAAGUAAAGGCAAACUUGCUCCUGCUGGUGGGAAGUUUGGUAAAAUUGAGGAGGACAAAGCUUUGAAUGGUAACUCUGCAAAGUCGACAUUUGAUCCUGUCGAGCCACGCAGGUCUAAUCGCAGAAUUCAGCCAACAUCAAGACUGUUAGAAGGGUUGCAAAGCUCAUUGAUGGUUUCAAAGAUUCCAUCAGUAUCGCAUGACAAAAGCCAUAAAAAUAGGAAUGUUUCUAGAGGUGAGAUGUGAAUUUCCAACGUAAUAAAGUAGGAAUGUUCUUAGAGGGAAUCAUCAUGGCUGAGGGAUCCCGGUGGGAAGUGUUGGAACCAUUUCAAAGAAAAGCUUGGUCACUGGAACACACUCGAGUAGUCUGUGUAUAUUUAUAGUAGAGGAGAUAGCUAGGAAAUGGAAAAUUCUUGCUUCCUUGGGUUUAACUAUGGGAUGUAGUUGGUAAAAUGUUCAUAUCGAUUUUAGUGUAUUCACAAUUGUGAUUUUAUCUCGUAGGUUGUAUAUGGAAAUUCUCCAUGUUAGUUUGGUUGAAAUUGCUGGAAGCUUUCCCAGAUGAUCUUCAAUGGGAUGUACGCCUUUCGAAAAUUUUCCUUUUAGGUGGUUUUUGCGGGGAUUGUCAUGUUCGUAACUAAUAAGCAUCUUUUCUGGUUACUGGAUUAGACCUUUAUAAAUUUAUUCAGAAGAAAAUAAUUAGGUUA